AUGUUUGGGUUGAAGCAUGCCAGAGGAGCCUCCGAGAGUGAUAACGAAGAUGAUGAUGAUAUGGAUGACGGUGUUGAUGAAACAGUGAAUGUCAGAAAUCCUGUGAGCAGGAUGAUUGACUUCGACAAGAUGAAACCUGGCAGUAAAAAAAACUAUGGCUGUAUGGUGUUGCGGGAAAUAAGUAAACCAUCGUCCAACUGCGCCAGCACGUCAGCGGCAUUCUCACCAUACUCCAACGCGAGCAUUAAUGCUCUGCUUCCAUUUCCCGUUGCAUUCGUCUUCGCCAUUGCAAUCCCAGUCACGGUAUCCCGCAACCAGGAGGUGGGUAAGAGUCUGACACCAAAAUUGGUCACAGCAAGGGAUCCGCGCGCUCUCAACCCAGGUCAAGUGGUAUAA